GGUGUCCCCGGGCAGGCGCGGUUGGCUGCGGCGCCUAGUGCUCCGAGGAGGCGCCGCUGACCAUGAGCGGGGCCGGGCAGGGCCUCGUGAGCUUCGCCGAUGUGGCCGUGUACUUCUCCCCGGACGCUUGGGGACGGCUGCGCCCCGCGCAGAGGGCCCUCUACAGGGACGUCAUGCGGGAGACCUACGGCCACCUGGGUGCCCUGGGUUUCCCAGGCCCCAAACCCACCCUCAUCUCUUGGAUAGUGCAAGAGCCAGAGGUCUGGGGUCCGGAUGCCCGGGACCCCGAGGAGGAAAGGGGGAGACUACACAGCAUCUGAAAAACAGAACAAGGAAAUGAGGUGGCGAGAAAGGACUGGAUUCCCAAGAAAUCAAAGACUCUCUAAAGGAGCUUUUGCCAACUGAGAUACCACAUGCUUUCCACAAAGUUGAUGAGGCAGACUCCACCAGUGUAUCCCCAGUCUGAAGAAGCCCUACCCUUUGUCCUAAAUGUGGAUGCCAUUUUGCUUUUCCUUCUCUGCUGGAGAGUCACUUGUGUGUACACUCUGGAGAACAUCCUUUUGUCUGUACACAAUGUGGGGCACAAUUUUCACAAUGAAAAAACCUCACCCAACACCAAUUCAUCCAUUCAUCCAAGGGGAGAAGCCCUUUCUGUGCCCAGACUGUGGGUGUUGUUUCCGGCAAAGUGGGUCCCUGGCCAUCCACCAAUGCACACAUACAGAGGGAAAACCAUUCUCCUGUCCUGACUGUGGGCACAGCUUUGCCUAUCCCUCUCAGCUUGAUAGCCACCUACGGGUACAUACAGGAGAACGACCCUAUGCCUGUACUCAUUGUGGAGCGAGGUUUUCCCAAAGGAAUAACCUUGUGCAGCACCAGUUCCUCCACACGGGUGAGAAGCCCUAUCCAUGUCCUAACUAUGGGCGAUGUUUCCGCCAGAAUGGAUCCCUAGUGGUCCACUGUCAGGCACACACAGGUAAUAAACUGUACCCCUGUUCUGA